GCGGGCACUAAUAGACGUCACAGCGUCGCUGCUUGCCAUACAUGGUUAACGGAUAAAGAAGAACAGCAGAAAGUUUACAGCUCAUGAAACUCUCAGGAUGAAUGGGACAGCUUAUUCCAACUUCGACAAUCAAGAACAUGUCCUGAAGUUAGGAGAGACGUUUGAGAAACGGCCUAAAAGUGCUUUCCACACAGUGCGGUAUGACUUCAAACCAGCAUCCAUUGAUACAACAUGUGAAGGGGAACUUGAAGUGGGCAAAGGAGAGCAAGUCACAAUUACUUUACCCAAUUUAGAGGGUUCAAGUGCUCCAGUAACAGUCUUCAAGGGAUCAAAGAGACCAUACAUGAAAGAAUGCAUCCUCAUUGUGAACCACGACACAGGAGAGUACAGACUAGAAAAACUCAACAGCAAUAUAGCUGUGAAGAAGACCAGGGCUGAGGGCAGCAGUAAGAUCCAUUCUCGUAUGGAGCAGCAGACCAAUCGCCUCAGCCAGCAGAUGAAGAGCAGCAGCAGUAGCAGCAGCAGUAACAAGACCUCAACCAGCUCAAAGAGCUCUCCCCCUAAAGAGAAGACCUCCCCGGCUUCCCCCAUGGACGACAUCGAGAGAGAGCUGAUGGCCGAGGCUCGCGUCAUGGACCAGAUGAGCAGCGGCGACAGCUCCUCAGACUCCAACAGCUCCUCCUCCUCGAGCAGCGAAGACAGCUCCAGCAGUGACUCUGAGGAGGAGCGGACUGCUGCUGCUGCUCCGACCGCUCCGACCACACCCCCCACCACCCACAGCAUGCCGAUCAUCAACACCAGCACCAUUAGCAGCAACACCAACAGCCGCCACCAGGAGAGUGGAGGAGGACUCAUGAACACGCUCAAGAACGACCUGCAGCUGAGUGAAUCAGGCAGUGAGAGCGACUGAACGUGAAGAGGUGCGCCCCCCUGUGGACACUGUGAGAACUCACAGUGAGGAGUAAACAAAACAGCCACAGACAUAUCAGAGCUUUGCUUCCUUUAAUGUGAGACCGUCUUAUUUUCAUAUCCACAGUUCUCCUCCGCGAAAUCCAUUCUUUUUUUCCUUUCUGCCGUCAAACUGUCUUAUUUAACUUUCCCACAUGUAUUACUUAGAGAUCUUUAUUUUGUGUGUGAAGACUGGAUGUUACAGAGAUGCCUUAGUUCAGAGAGAUGUGGUGUAAUAGUGGCAGUAAAAGUGACAAACUGUGUAAUGUUUUAUUCACUGGAUGUGUGGUUACACUGACCAAGCAUAUCAGAGCCAGAGCGGCAGGGUUUCUUCUCGUAGCGUGGGUGGAUGUUUGUCGUAGGACACCUUGAGGGUUUUGCAUUUCAGCUGAGCAACAUACAAAAUUUGGGAUUUAGUUUUGCCCUCGUUCAGAGCCAGUCCAGUCCAUCAAACUAUCAUAACAGACAUCCAAUAUCUUCAGGAUGAGGAACACUGACAUCAAACUGUAACUUGUUUUUGUCAUAGAGAGUUAUUGUUAAUUAGUGUUUGGUUACUGGAACCCGGCUUAUUUAUCUUAAAGAGACAUACAUUAUAUUUAAAUUCAUCUGGCAAAACAGAGACUGAUAUAUGAUUGCUUAAAAAAGUAAAAGUGAUAGAAAACAGUUCCUUAUUUACACAUUUAAAACUUUAAACCCAUCUGUGGUCGUUUCUUCCAACCUUGAGAUGCAAAUCAAACUUGAACUCUCCUGAAGUUCUUCUUCUAGUCUUAAAGAUCUCCUGAGAUCAGUCUUAAAGCUCUCUCUACCUGCUGGAUGCUUCCUAAGUUUACAAGCUUUAUCUGAACAGCUGACUCUGACUGGAACAAGCAUUAACAGGAGCAGCUGUAUGAGUUCAAAAGGCAGGUUCAUAGCCCUCAUACAACUUCCUUUUAACCUUCAUAUCAUGAAAAUAUUGGUUUUGCAGCUUAAAGAAUCAAAACAAGUCUUAAACUUUACUCUUUGAAAUAUUUUAGAACCACAGUGGGUCUGAUUUCUGCACACUAAUCGGCCCUCUGUGUUGACUUAUUCGGGGUUAUGCUUUGUAGCUUUAAACCUGCAAUACUUGAAUCCAAUUAUUUAUGUUUCAAAGUAUAUUCCACCAUCAGUAAAUUGCUUAAUAUAUUUGAUAUAUAUUUAAAAAAAAAAA